CUGGUUGUGGACACACAGACAUGAACAUGCAAUCUUUAGUUGUUUGACCAAGCUCUUCAAAGACAAUAAGUGAGAGAAUUCUUCACUGGAAAUAAGCAGGUGGUGAAGAUUCAGAAUCCUACUGAAGACUACCACAGUAUCCAUAUGGAAACACAGGCAUACAUGUUCACACACUCGCUGUGUGGGGGCCGGGAUGAGUCUGAGAGCAUACAUCUGGGACCAGCUUGUAUCUUUCUCAGAGGGAGGAACAUUGAACGGAAACUUGCAGCUGAAGAGAUAGAAGAAUUGCAACAGGCCUUUACCGAGUUUGAUAAGGAUAGGGAUGGGCUCAUCAGCUGUAAAGAUUUGGGCAAUCUGAUGCGGACUAUGGGAUACAUGCCCACUGAAAUGGAGCUGAUUGAACUCAGUCAGAACAUCAACAUGAAUCUUGGGGGACAAGUAGACUUUGAGGAUUUUGUGGAACUCAUGGCUCCUAAGCUCUUAGCAGAGACAGCUGGAAUGAUUGGCCUGAAGGAGUUAAAGGAAGCAUUCAGAGAGUUUGACAUGGACGGUGAUGGUGCCAUCACAAUCGAUGAGCUGGGGCAUGCUAUGAAGAAGCUGCUUGGGGAAAACUCUAACAUUAAAGAGAUUGAGGCUGUGGUGAGAGAGGCCGACAAUAAUGGAGACGGAACAGUGGACUUUGAAGAAUUUGUCAGAAUGAUGUCACGAGAUUAAAAAUAGAAGAAAGUGAAGAGGAUUUAAAGAGGUUAAACAAAACAAAGAAAAACACUACAAACACUAACAACAAACAAGCAGCAUUACUCAUCUUGUGCCUCAUUUAUCGAGCUGGAUCCGAACGGAUUAAUUCAUAAAUCGUUUGUGUGUUUCUGCAAGAAAUUAUUCAAGAAACGUUAUAGUUUACACA